AUGAUACACGAUAUACGUCCGGAGAUGCCCAUUUAUGCUCUCGUCGACCUCGACCCGGACGGUAUCAAUAUUCUUAAAUGCUACAAGUGGGGAUCCUCCACGCUUCGGCACGAGCAGAACGCUACCCUUCCUCGGCUCCGGUGGCUUGGGAUCAAGAGUGAUGACAUAGUGCUCUCUCCAAGCCACACGGAUGCGCUAGAGUCGGGGGGUCAAGGUGGCUCUCUCCUUGCCACCCCAAGUGGUGGCUCCGGUCGGGCAUUCAUCGAGUUCAACAUGGAGCGGCUUGAACCUCUCACCGAGAGAGAUGGCAGGCUAGCGACGAAAUUGCUUGAUAAGCUCUCGAGCAAUGAAGAACACGAUAUAGAUGUUGCAGAGGUACAGAGGGAGCUUCGGACUAUGCUUAUGAUGAGCUAUAAGGUCGAGAUACAGGCCAUGAAUGAGCACGGGGAUGUUGCUGGCAGCACCCAGACACCCAUGGCGCCGAAGUUGACAGAAGACGAGAUCGAUGAUCUCAUCUUCUUCGCCCGCGCAGGCGAGAACAAAGAGCUCGAAGACAGCCUCAAGGAACUGGCAGCGCGGGAAAAGGUAUCAGAGGCAGAGAUUAUCACAGCGGCUCAAGAUGAAGGAAAAUCUACGUGUUUGCACAUGGCGACGGGGAAUGGACACCUGGAAACCGUCAGGUUACUCCUCCAACGCUUCGCCUCGCGGCCCAAGGCCGAAAAGCAAGCCUACGUCGACGCGCCCAAUGAGUUCGGCAACACGGCCCUUCACUGGGCGGCGCUGGGGGGUCACCUCGACACGGUGAAGUUGCUCGCGGAGGAGCACGGGGCGACGCAGGCUGUCGCGAACGAUCGGAACUACGUCGCGCUGGAUUUGGCGCUCUUUAACGGGCAUGAGGACGUGGCGGAGUAUUUCUUGGCUCAGGUGAAGGGGUUGGAGAGUAAGAAUGGUGGCGAGGGUGGUUUGGAGGGAGCUGUGGAGGGUAUUGAGUUGGAGGGCGAGGAGGUGGAGGAUGGUGAUGGAAAGGGCAAGGGGAAGGCGAAGGAGACGGGGAGUGGAGGUGAUGAGAAGGCCGAGUAA